UUCACACUCACCUUCUGAAGCGAGUAAAGAGUUGCGCGUACAUCGACCAGUGCGGCCUGUGUGAAGCAUCUUGUGUAUUACCGUGUGUACAUCAAGAGAAGAUGGAAUCAGAAGGUGAGGAGAGCAGGGUCCAAGCAUGCAAGACCAGUAAGGUUCCAGUUGACUGUAUAGCAGAGUCUCUCAGCGCUUACGGGUCAGCGACGGCGGUGGUGGCCGUGGCGACGGGGAGGAAGAGGAGCGCGGGGGACGGACCGAACGGGGCCCCCGUCAACAAGAGGAAGUCCCUGCUGAUGAAGCCACGGCACUACAGCCCCAGCGAGGAGGAGCGCGAGGAGGAGCGCGAGGAGGCGCGUGAGUGGAGCGAGGACCUGGCACCGGCGCAGGACAAAGAGGAGCCCAGGAGCGCACACACUCCAGCAGAAGGAAGCUUGAAUAAGCCGGGUGAGGCCAUCUCCAGUGACUACCACGAGGCGCUAUCGGAGAGCCACGAUGUCCUAGAAUGGCACAGGGACGUGGGUGAGGAGCACCCUGCUGACGAGGCAGACGUUUGCAGCGCCCCGGCAGACGGGCGGGGGGGGGAGGGGGGGGAGGGUGCCAGGGAGCAGGGGGACGACGGCCAGGCGGCGGUGCGGCUGCCGGGCGUGUCUUACCGCUCGCCCCGGCACAGGGAGCCCGGCAGCGAGGGCAGGAAGGGCCCCUGGGACGACACGGCCCUCGCUAACGGCGUCUGCGUCAGCCCCCCCGGCGCCGGCGUGGAGGUGUGCGGGUGGAGGCCGGCCGGGGGCCCCUGCGACGGGGACGAGCCGGACACGGGCCCCGAGGGCUUCCUGAGCCGGGCUCGCGCCUUCCAGGCUGAGGAGCUGCGCUACAGGAGGGACUCCGGCCACAGCGAGGAGGAGGGGGAGGCCCUGGGGCGCGAGGCCUGGGCCGGGGCGCUCUGCGACCGGCAGCCCGACAUGGACAAGGCCCGGAUGAACCUCAGCCUCCUGGAGCAGGCCAUGGUGCUGCAGUCGGAGCAGAGGCAGGUCCUCCAUCACGCCUACAAGGAGAUGGACCGCUUCCUCCUGGAGCAGAUGAGCAACGAGAGGAGGCAGCACCAGAGGCUGCAGGACAUGGAGGUCCGGAGCGGCUAUAACGGAUGCAAAGACUCUCCACGGUCUGACAAGAAGGACAUCAAAUGUCCCACGCCUGGCUGCGACGGAACGGGGCACGUGACUGGACUGUACCCGCACCACAGAAGUCUGUCCGGAUGUCCGCACAAAGUGCGCGUUCCCCCUGAGAUUCUGGCCAUGCAUGAGAACGUGCUGAAGUGCCCCACGCCAGGCUGCACAGGAAGGGGCCAUGUCAACAGCAACCGCAGCACACACAGAAGCCUGUCGGGAUGCCCUAUCGCUGCUGCGGGGAAGAUCACAAAACCUCCAGAGGAGGUGUCACUGUGUGGACAGGUUUCUGACCGCCUCUCCAGACCGCCAACCCUGAUGAAGAAGUUUGAGUUCAACCAGUAUAACUACAGGUUUGGCCACCCUGUUAGCGCUCUGCAGGCAAACCUUGCCAAGGACCUGGACAAGUACGGCAAGAUCCGCUUCGACUACGCCAGCUUCGACGCACAGGUCUUCGGCAAACAGCCCUCCGUGCCUGCCUGCCAGGACCAAGACAUCUCCCGCUUCUCUGACCAAACUCUGCAGUACCCCUGCCUCAUGACCCCGGGUGGUCAGCUGACCAUGCCCCGUGGGCACAGCCCUGGUCACUACAACCCGACGAACGAGGAGCUCCAAGCCUCCGUCGCCACGGCAGCCAUCCUCAACCUGUCCACGCGCUACCGCGGCAACGCGGACGCCAUGGCUGCCAGGCCCCUGGGCCCCUCCACAAAGGAUGUGCUGAUAGAGGUGGAUGAGAACGGCACGCUGGACCUGAGCAUGAAGAAGAACCGCGAGAACGCCAAAGCUGGGCCGACGCUGCCUUCCGGAGAAGCCCUGACUCCGCCCUCCCAGUCGGCCAGCUUACGCAUCACGCCCUCCUUCUACCAGGCUCUGUGCGAGCAGGACGGCUGGGACACGCCCCUCAACUUCAGCAAAGCACACACCCUGCAGGACAAAGAGAAAGACAACAUGGAGCAUUCAGUCUCUGAGGACAGGAAGUGCCCAGGAGAUGUCACCAUGUCCAGUCCCAAGAACAAGAUGCUUGCCAGAGACCCGAAGAAAGAACUGAUGAGCUGUCCGACUCCAGGCUGCGAUGGGAGUGGUCAUGUGACAGGAAAUUAUGCUUCACAUCGAAGUGUUUCUGGUUGUCCAUUGGCUGACAAGACUCUCAAGUCAUUGAUGGCUGCCAAUUCUCAGGAACUCAAGUGCCCAACACCUGGUUGUGACGGGUCCGGUCAUGUGACUGGAAACUAUGCCUCUCACAGGAGUUUGUCAGGUUGCCCACGUGCCAGGAAAGGAGGCUUGAAGCUCACACCAAACAAGGAGGAGAAGGAUGAGCAGGACAUUAAGUGUCCGGUGAUUGGGUGCGACGGCCAGGGGCACGUUUCGGGUAAAUACACCUCGCACCGCAGUGCUGGGAGCUGCCCCAUCGCUGCCAAGAGACAGAAGGAAAGCUCUAUUAAUGGAUCCACCUUCUCCUGGAAAGUCUGCAAACAGGAGCUGCCCCACUGUCCACUGCCCGGCUGUAAUGGACUGGGUCACGCCAAUAACGUGUUUGUCACUCACCGAAGUUUGUCUGGGUGCCCACUGAAUGCCCAAACUAUAAAGAAGAAGCUAUCAGGAGAUGAGAUGAUGACCAUUAAACUGAAAGCAAGCAGCGGCAUAGAAAGCAGUGAGGACAUGCAGCACUUGGACAACGAGAUAAAGGAACUGAACGAGUCCAACCUGAAGAUCGAGGCGGACAUGAUGCAGCUGCAGACGCAGAUAUCGUCGAUGGAGUGCAACCUGAAGACGAUCGAGGAAGAGAACAAGAUGAUCGAGCAGCACAACGACAGCCUUCUGAAGGAGCUGGCUCGUUUGAGUCAGGCUCUCAUCAACAGCCUCACUGACAUCCAGCUCCCCCAAAUGGGACCGAUAAGUGAGCACAACUUCGAAGCUUACGUGAACACGUUGACGGACAUGUACAACAACUCAGAACACGACUAUUCUCCUGAAUGUAAGGCUCUUUUGGAAAGCAUCAAACAAGCAGUGAAGGGCAUUCACGUGUGAGCGUGCGUUAUCUCUGCGGUAGGAGAACGGGAUAGACCCUCAUGGGAAUGUCUGAUUCGGUUGUAUGUCCCAGAAAAGACUUUUGAGACCGCUUUUCCGUUUCACAGCGUACACAUUGCACUGAAGAAAAAAAAUAUCAUACCAAUACCAGCCGUGAUAGGAUGUGGAAUUUAAAAAACAAAUAAUAUAUUUC